GCGUAGAUCGCCUCCAGUCCCUCCUCCAGCGGCCUCGCCGCUGAGCCCCAGCGACUUCAUCGACGCGCGCACCGCCCUGCUCGCCGUCGUCUGCUCGCUUCUCGUGCUCCACCCGCCUCGGAUCAGCCGCUCGCUCGUCGGGAGCGCGCUCGGCGUGGGCGCGCUUUGGGCGUGGGCCGCAUCGCUCGGUGUGGAGGCGGACGCGGCCGCGGUGGCGGCGACGCUGCUCGGCGUGCGCGCGGCCUACCGCCUCUACCAGAUCGUGCUGACCAUGCUCGCCACCUUCCCGCUCCAGCUCACCUUUCCGUUUGUCGUCGACCUCAUCCCGCGCUUCUCGAUCAGCAAGCGCUCCUUCUUCAACGCGGACGGCGCCUCGGCCGAGGUGGCGCGGAAGCGCGAGGCCGCGCUCGAGGCGCUCCAGGAGCGCUGGCGCGUCAAGUACAAGCAGUGCCUCGUCUUUGGCUCCGACCUCAAGAAUCUCAUCUCCGACGUGCGCUUCACGUCGGGCCGGUGCUUCCCGCCCUUCAACAAUGUGGUCAACGAGUACCUCGACCCGUCCAUGGCCCUCGCACGCACCGAAGGCCCCACCGUCGUCGACAUCGACGGCAACUCCUCUCUCGACGUCUCUGGCUCGUACGGCGUCAACGUCUGCGGGUACGAGGCGUACAAGCGCUUCAUCACCGCCGGCUGGGCGGCGGCCAAGGACAAGGGCCUCUACCUGGGCUCGCUCGACGAGACGACCCUCGCAAACAUCAAGAUGAUCCAGCAGAUCUCCGGCCUGCCAGAGGUGUCCUUCCACAUGUCGGGCACCGAGGCGGUCAUGGCGGCCGUCCGCUGCGCGCGUUUCAACCAGCGCAAGCCGCUGGUCGUCAGCUUCGGGGGCGCGUACCACGGCUGGUGGGACGGGAUGCAGCCGACCGCGGGCAACGAGCGCACUCCCGAGGACGUGCUCUGCCUCAAGGACAUGAACGCGCUCUCGCUGGCGGUGAUCCGGGCUCGCGGGAGCGAGAUCGCCGCGGUGCUCGUCAACCCGCUCCAGUGCUUCCACCUCAACUCGUCGCCGCCCUCCGAUCUGGUGUUGCAGUCAAACAACCGCAAGGUCGGGCCGACGCCGGGGUACAGGGAGUGGCUCCACAAGCUCCGCAAGACGUGCACCGACGCCGGCGUGCUGCUCAUCUUCGACGAGGUGUACACCGGCUUCCGCGUCGCGCCGCGCGGCGCGCAGCAGGCGUACGGCGUGCAGGCCGACUUGGUCGUGUACGGCAAGACGCUCGGCGGCGGGCUGCCCGUCGGCGUGCUCUGCGGCGGCAAGGAGGCGAUGACGCGCUCCGACCCGAAGAAGGCUGCGCGCGUGGCGUACGUGAUCGGCAUCGCUGGCCACGUCGGCGGCACGUUCGCGGGCCACCCGGCGGUGAUGGGGUCGAUGAACGCGUUCCUCACCUGGCACUCCCGCCCAGAGACGCCGGCCGAGUACGACGAGAUGCACCGCCGCAUCGACGCGUUCGUGGGCGAGGCGAACGGCGCCUUCAAGAAGCGCGGCUACCCGCUCGAGCUCUCGUCGUGGUUCUCUGUCUGGUCGAUGAUGUUUACGACGCCGGGCCGGUACCACUGGAUGCUGCAGUACUACAUGCGCGACGCGGGCGUCGCGCUGUCGUGGGUUGGCACCGGCCGCUGCCUCUUCUCGCUCGACUGGACCGACGAGAACUACGCCGAGCUGCUGCGCAGGAUGCUCGUCGCCUGCGAGCAGAUGCAGGCGGGAGGCUGGUGGGAGGCGCCGCGCGUCAACGUCAAGAAGGCGGUCAGCCUCGAGUUCGCCGCCGCCAUCGGCAAGUCCCUCGUCGGGCUCGCCUAGUCUCGACGCCUAGUCGGAGCCCGCCUGGCGCCGUCGGCCGGGCAAGGGGAGCGGGGGGGGGGGGGGGGGGGCACUCUCGCCUGGGAGUGGCUUUCCGCGGCCGCCGGCGCAGAGGGCGGCUGUGGCCGGCGGGGAGGGGGGGCGGGGGGGCACGUAUUGGGGAGGGCUUUGGCGACGCACGCUGCUGGAGGACGACGCAGGCCUUCUAGUGGCACGCGGUGCUCUCGCCGGAGCAGCCACGCACACGGCAGCUACGAACGCAGAGCGGUUUGGGCGCCUGCGGGCGUGAACUCGCGAGAGGCGAGUCUGUCAGGCCCUGAGACUCUCUUCAGGACACGCUGCUCUCUGCUCUGACUCGCAUCUCGCGGACCGAGCACAUACAUUGCACGUCGCGUCUCAGACUCAGAGCGCGCUAUCCGCUUACUUUGCUUUAUUCGUUCGACACGGGGUACGGGCGGGGUAUUUCUUUUUUGAGCGUAUGUCCCUCGU